AUGGCCCCGAGCGAACAACAAACGCAAGAACCAGAUGAUCCCGGCGGAGGCGUAGUGCGGACAUUUGUACGCAAUGGCGUUGAAAUUGAGAUCCAACCCUACCUGGAAGAGGAUACGAAUAAUUUUUCAGCCCACGGCAGUCACGGUCCAGCUCACCCAAAGGAGACUCAUUCGGACAAGGCGGCCAGCGGCGGGAAAAGCAAGGCGUCUUCCAGCCUAGGAGCGGCGGCUUCUCCGCCGCGCGAUGAGUCGUUGGGAGCAACCAUCAUCACGGAAAUACAGCAGGCCGAAUAUAUAUGUCUCGUUUGCACGGGAGAGAUUGAUCAGGACUCCAAAGUUUGGAGCUGUCAAGAAUGCUACAGAGUUUACGACCUCGAGUGUAUCAAGGACUGGGCCAUCCGAGGCUCCUCCACCAGCAAGACCAACAAGGCUUGGAAAUGUCCAAACUGUAAGUUUGAGUCAAAGAAAUUGCCUUCUAAAUUCACAUGCUGGUGCGGCAAGGUCAGGAAUCCCGAGAGAAAUCUACUUAUGCCCUUUAGUUGCGGCAGCUUGUGCAAUUACAAGUAUUUAGAUUGCAUUCAUCGAUGCCUUGAACCGUGCCAUCCGGGAAAGCAUCCUACAUGUGGAGCCACGGGACCAGUUAUGAAGUGUCAGUGCGGCAAGGAAAAGCGGCAGUUGCCCUGUUUGAUUACACCUUAUAAAAAGGGCUGGAAAUGCGAAUCGGAAUGCAACAAGGUUCUUUGCGACUUGAAGCACAAGUGUAACAAGGGAUGCCAUAGUGGGGCGUGUGGUAAAUGCCAGAAGAAAGUCGACUACAAAUGCUACUGCGGUGAUACGAAAUUGCGUGGGAGAUGCAGCAAGCGUGUGCCAAUAAAGUGCGUUGGUAUAGAUGGCAAGAAGAGUUGGAUAGGUGGUGGGUCAUGCGGCAAGAGGAAAAAAUACUAUUAUGAUUGUGGCGAACAUUACAAAGUCUUGGAGUGCCAGCCGCCACCUGACAAGUUGGAGGUUUCCAAAUGCAAAUUUUCACCAGAUGUCAUCACCACGUGCUAUUGCGGCAAGACGGAGAUGAGUAAUGGGCUCAAUUUUGAAAAAAGGACACGUUGUACUGAUCCUGUGCCUGAAUGUGACAAUAUCUGCAACAAGUUGUUGCCGUGUGGCUGCCAUUGUAAAUUCAAGUGUCAUGCCGGUGAGUGUCGGUGUGUCUCGAUUUUUGCAAUUACAUGUGCAUGCGGCCAUGAGCAAUUUCUGGUGCCUUGCAAAUACGCGCAACUGGACCAACGUCCGCAUUGCCGUCACAAAUGCUCUGCCUUGUUGAGCUGCAGAAAACAUUAUCAUCGUAAGGAGUGCUGCGAGUUUGAACAAGUUGCCUUGGAGAGAGAACGGGCCAAGAAAAAGGCAAUUCGAAAUAACUUGAAAACCAACGUUCGAGACGAUAUCAUGUCAAUUGAAGCUGCACACAUCUGUACUCAAGUAUGUAACAGGACAAAGUCGUGCGGCGUCCACCAAUGUCAAGCAAUGUGCCACAGUGGGCCAUGUGAAGUUUGUCUCGAGUCCACUAAUGACGACUUGGUGUGCCAUUGCGGUAAGACAGUUAUCCCAGCUCCCGUGAGAUGUGGCACUGAGUUGGUGUGCCAUGAACAGUGCACAAGACUAAAAGAAUGCGGCCAUCCACCUGAACGUCACGAGUGUCAUUCCGAUAACGAGUCGUGUCCCAAAUGUACCGCAUUCGUUAUGAAACCGUGUGACUGUGGAGCAAAAGUUGAUCUUCCAGGAAUCAUGUGCUCUCAAACGAGAGUCAGCUGCGGCAAAAUGUGCCAAGUGCCCAAAAAAUGUGGUCAUCCAUGCUUGCGUACUUGUUCCGCCAAGUGCACGAAAGAAGGGGUGCAUGCAGCUCCGAGGGAUUGUCAGAAUAUGUGUCAAAAAGUGCGUUUGAGCUGUCCGCAUACGUGCAAAUUGAAAUGCCAUUUGGAUAAAGUGGGCAAAAGUGUCAACUGCGAUAUCGUAAAGUGCAAUGAAAAUGUCACCAUCGGGUGCGCCUGUGGCAAUGAGAAGAAGAAGAAACAAGUCAAGUGUGGAGCAUCUGUUGAUAAUGCAACUGCUAUUGGUACCAUUCUUGAAUGCGAUGAGAGUUGUGCUGCAGCAAAACGUGAUGCUCAGCUCCGUAACGCAUUUGGAAUCGAUGGAGCAGCAGCAGCAUCAUCUGCAAUUGCAGCUCUUGACGAACUGGAUUCAUUGUAUUCAGAUUUUGUCGUGGAAACGUAUGCCAAGCAGAAAAAGUGGUGCUGCAAUAUUGAAAAUGUCGUUAGAACAUUCAUUGAAGACUACAAUCUACAAAUUGAGAAUGACAUCGAGUCACCAAAGAGAACGCACCAUUUCCCAGCAAUGACUUUACCGCAACGGCAAUACGUUCACGAGUUGUGCACAGCUUUUGGGUUGUACACUGAAUCUCAAGAUCAAGAGCCAAGACGAUCUGUAUUUAUUGUCAUCACUAGGUUGACAAAAUUACCAUCGGCUACCGUUGGUGAUUACCUUGAGAUGUUGGAGUUGAAGAAGCAGGAGCAAAGCCAGGUGAAGGAGUUGACUCAGCAGGAGAUUGACGAUGCCUUGUACAAUGCGAUUGUCAUUCAGGACUUGUUCUUUGGUGUCACCAAGGAAGACAUUGAACGGGAAUUGUUGCAAAAGGAAGAAAUGAAGGACUUUGUCAUCCAGUGGAUCAAAGAAUCCACUUUUGUGCUUUUCAACCCCGCAAAUUUCAAACUGAUGGAUGCAGACUCGGAAAAGCAGUUGCUGACUUUAGUGAGUUCAUUUAGAACCGUGUUGCGAGAAAAGUCCCUAGCUUUUGACUGCAAGAUGUGUCUCGUUGACUAUUCCGCAAGCUACCUUUUGAAAAUUGAUCGGAAAAGCAGCAGAGAGUCCAGCGAGCCAGCCUCUUCUAUUGCGAAGAAGAAUCAAGAUAAAAAUACGUUCAACGUGUUGCAAAAUGAGGAAAUGUCGAUGCAAUCAUAA